AUGGCACCACCCUCCUCUUCGGGCUCAAGACCGCGCCCUCCCGCGGCCGGCCAGCAAACAUCGACUGUGUCGCGGAACAGUGAAUGGGCGCCUCCUCUCGUCGUUCAACCUAGCGGCAUCGUCGCGCGGCCUCUCACUCCCGAGCACGCAUGGGAUCCCAUGGAUCUUGUUCCCGACGCGGACACGUACGUCGCCGUCCCCAGCAGCAAGGCCGCCCGGAAGCGACUCCUCGAGGAGAAGGAAGCCCUGGAGGCUUCGGGAAAGCGCGCGCGCCUCGACAAGCGCUACGUCCUCGUCAAUUUGCCGCCGCUGCGUGCCCCAUUCUACUACGAGCUCCCGCCGGAGCAGCGAGUCGUUGACUAUCGCCUCUACCGCCAACCGAACAUACCGGUGGUGGAGAGGCUUGUGCUCGAGCGGCUUACCCUCCAUCGCCCUCAACGCCGCCACGUACAUUUUAACGAUGAAGGGUACGGGUACGACUUCCCCGACCCCGUACGUGUCCUAGGGAGGUGGAACUUGCCAUUGGAUGGCUUCAAGUUGGCGGAGAAACCGGACGACCCCGCACUCCGGAAUCGCGUAGUGGGGUGGACCGAACAUGAAGAAUGCCUCGUCCUCAGCCCCAACACCUCUUACAUACCCUACGUCCCCCCUCCCGACAUGACCAACUACCGCCUCCGUAUGCGCUCCGAUGGGCAGUUUGGUGCCGAGGACUGGACGCUCGUGCCGACCUAUUAUAUGCCCUCUGACGCCCCGCACAUCGCUUGCAUUCCGCGCUGCCCUCCCGCCCCCGGCCAUCCGUGGCACUUAAUGUGGCUCGGUGUCGACAUGUGGUUCGAGUCGGUCUUGGACAACUACAAGCCGCACGCGGAGAAGGUGGUGCUCUCGCGUGCCGUCUUCAAGGAGUUGAAGAAGCUGGUGAACCCCCUCCGCAAGCUAGCGACGGAUUAUCUGGCGGACUGCAAGCGGAAGAAGAUGGACCCUUUCCCCUGGGCGCGCGGUCUGGAGAUGACGCUCAGCCAUCUGAUGGGACGUCUGGGAGCUUUGCCUGUGAGCCGUCGCCGCGCUGUGCUGAUGGCUAGAGAGUGCCAGCGCUUGUGGCGCGAGCUCUUUGGCAUGAUGAACUUUGUUCAUCUUGUUCAGCCGGUGCUCUCCGGGCUCGUCGACGCGCCGGAAGUCAAGACCCCGCACUGGUUCAUCGGAGCGGUGACGGAGGAUCUCCACCAUGUUCAGCUACUCUACGCGGCCGGCGUGCCCGUAUGGUACGUUCGCGACUACGACAUCGAAUUCCACCAACUCCUUCGCACGAGGAAUAGGAUCGCCGUGCCGUACGCCGAGGAGAUGCAGUCCAUGUACACGCCCGCGCAAAUGGCGUGCAUCAACCGCCACCCCGACAACCUGCCAUUCAUCUUCGAGGGCUCGCCGAAGGACCCCCGACGUGUGAAGCACCUCCAUCGUUAUGCUACCCUUCGCGUCGCCGUCAGCCGGCCCAUCGAUGAUCCCUCCGACGACAAGGAUCCGCUCGCCUUCGUGGACUUCGAGCGAGGGGCAUCCCGUGCGCGGCCACUCGCAAACCUUCCAGGGUUCAUCGCGGAGGUCGGCAAUGGAGGUCCUCCACGGACGCAUGGGGAGCAGCAGCAUGACCUCCCCCCCUUCGACUUCGACACCGCCAACGUGCCCGAGCAGGUCGAGGCCCCAUCGGAGCAGUUGCCCGACUUCCUCUAUGCCGGUAGCAACUUUGAGGAUUACGAGUUGAUUGAUUCUCCCGUCUUUCGUCCUGUCGGCUUCACCGACGACGAGAUUCCCCCUCUCGCGCAACCUUCGACGACCGCAUCAACGGGACCUUCGACAUCGAGUUCGGCCACGACGGCUGCGUCGAGUUCGGCCACGACGGCUGCGUCGAGUUCGACCACGAUCGCAUCAAGUUCGGCUCCUACAACUGCAGCGAGCUCUGCUGCCGCGACUUCGUCAAGCUCGGCGCCGAGUUCAGCAAUCCCAAGUUCAGCAGAUGCGUCGUCGUCCCCGGGGUCGCCAACGACAACAACAGAGGCCGCGGAUACGUCGAGUGCGCCACCUGGGCCUCCUGCAGAGCUGAUUACGCCGACGAUCCCCGGUCAGUCGCGCUGGGGACGCUCCACAUCUGCGUUGCCGAAGUCGAAGCGCCGCGUCCGAAAGGCCACCCCUCCCCCUCGUGCACGCCAUCCAUCCCUUGACCUGCCGUCUAUGCCUAGCAGCUGGUACAACCAGAUCAAGGACGUGCGACCGUAUUGGCCCUUCGAGUCCAGCAAGACCGACGACCACCGCAGCUUCCCCCUCCCCUCCAUCAUCACCGGGCCCGACACGGACGAACGCUGCGCGUUCUAUGUCCAGGCUUGGACGGCCCUAGCUCCGUACCUUGUCGAGGGCGCUCAGAGCGACGUCCGAGAGUUGGACAUGCCCAUGGUGAUCGCACCGGAGCAGGUUCCCAACCCGGAGGAGAAGGAAUGGCAGCCAUCUUCGGAGUCUCUUCGCCGCCGCACGGCGCUCAAGGCUUCCGAUUGGAAGCAACUCCUCUUCGCGCGUGUGACGAUGCGGGGUCAAGGUGCCGUCGCCGGUACAAUGGGCAUCAUCCGCGACCUGCUCGGCGAGGGCUUCGACUGGGACGCAUUCGUCAAGAGCCAGCUGCAGCCAUACACCAUCCGCGGGGUCGUUGUCCAGCCUGGGAUGUUGCCGCCGCCCAACGUCAUGAAGGACGAGUUGCUCUACGUCCAGGAGCUCGGAUUCCGGCAAGAUGUCGUCGACCUUGAGCGGCGCGUGCGCCCUUACGCCUUGACGCCGGCUGAGGAGCUGCACCGCCUUCGCCAUAUGUUCGACAGGCGCACCUGGGAUGGGGUCGACAUCUUCAACUUGAAGGAUCUCGGCGAGGGUCGUGGGCUUGCGGCGGCAGACUGGCUGGAACGUUCGCGCUACGUUCAGGCCUUUGCACGGGUGAUGAUGCACUGGAUCCCGCGCCUGCCGGCAUCCUUGGACCACCUCGCGCGCGCCGAGAGAAUGACGUACGGGCAGUUCUACUGGUUCGAGGAGGAGGUCGUCGCCUUCUACGUGCGCCUGCUCUGGUACGAAUUGCACCGCACAGCCAUCGCCCCUCCCCGUCGCAGCACCGCGUAG